AUGCCCAGAUCGAUAGGAACAUUUCCUUCAAAUGCGAUAAAAAUUCGUAAAACUAAAUCUGGUGGCAUCGCAAAUAAACUUCCGCAUCAAGUUCUUCGACGGAAUGAAAGAGAAAGGAAAAGAGUUCAACAAGUGAAUCUAGGCUUUAUCCAUCUUCGUGAUCACGUGCCACAUUCAACGACAAGUAAGAAACUAAGCAAAGUAGAGACUCUUCGAGAAGCUGCACGAUACAUUAAAUAUUUGGAAGCUGUCUUACACGGAACAUGCGAUAAACCAUUUGAGCCGAUCCAUUCAACUGCUGAGCCACCAAUCGUAGAACAAUGUUCAACGCAAGAGAACUGCUAUAUUCCAACGCCAAUGAAUAAUUGCGCAUUUCAACUGCCUAACCAAGACAAUUAUUUACCUCAGCAAUAUUUCCAGAAUUAUGGUUCUACCAAUCAUUUCAGGUCAGAUAACUUUUACCCAUUGAAGCCCCAUAUCGAUUCCACGAAUAGCAUAUAUUUAUCUCCUGAAUCUGCCGAUGGAAACAUUUCUUUCGAACACAAAAGAUUCGAAUUAUGA